GAAGAAGAAGGAGUCACGUGACUUCCGCUCGAGGCCUCACGCUGCGUGUGUUUGUGGAUCGAUGUCCAAACUUUGGGCUUAAGCUGCGCAUCGGUGUCGGUUCGGUGUUCGGCGAUGGCGUCUGGAUCACCGUGUGUAAACAGCAGAUGGGAUCGGCCUAAAGCAGAAGUCCUGCCGAAUGAGUCCCGUGUGGCCCGUGGCUCCGUCUCAUCUUCCACAGAUGCGUCUGGAGCUCCGCAGGGCGGCGUUGAGAUGGCAGCGGCGAUGGCGGCCAAAAUCAACGCCAUGCUGAUGGCCAAAGGCAAACUGAAACCACUGCAGCCGCUGCCCAGUAAAGCGCCGCCAGCUCUUCCGGUCGCCGCUGAGGAGCUCAUCGUGGCUGAAGUCGACAUAAACGACGUGCACAUGGAGUGCAGGGAUCUCCUGACCAAAGGCAAAACUCAGGACGAGAUCGGGCAGCUGAGCGGUGCAGUGGUGUCCACUAAAGGCCUGUACAUGAGUGACACAGACAGGAGCGGCAGCGCAGGCGUGGCGAGACCGCUGUAUCUGCAUGUGCAGGGCCGCCGUCAGGAGCAGGUCAACAAGGCAGUGGCCAGGAUAAAGGAGAUCAUCUCUGAGGACGUGCUGCGCUCGUCGGGUGGACAGCAGCCCGCUGUGAUGCCCACUGUACCGGUGUACCGUCAGACCCUCAGCGCCGCCCCCGGACACAAACCGGCCCCACCGCACACGGGGAGUUUUGUGCACACUAAGAUAUUUGUAGGCCUGGAGCAGUCGCAGCCGUCCUUUAACGUGAGAGAGUGUGUGGAGGGGCCAUCUGGCUCGUACCUGCAGCACAUUCAGUCUGAGACCGGCGCUCGUGUGUUCCUCCGAGGCAGAGGCUCUGGAUACAUCGAGCAGGCGUCACGCCGCGAGUCCUUCGAGCCGCUCUAUCUGUACAUCAGCCACCCGAAUGCCAUCGGACUGGACGCGGCCAAGAAGCUGUGCGAGAAUCUCCUCGACACGGUGCGGGCAGAUCACGCGGGGAUCAUGUCGUCGUAUCCCUCCACAGCUUCUGCUCCAGUUUACCCGACACAUGGAUACUCUGCAAAUAACAGCUUCGGCAGUCAGUCGUGGUACAGCUACCCGAGCUCCUAUCCCACGUACCCCGGUGCCUUCUGGAACAACUCCAGCGGAGCGACUGGCCAAUCACAGCUCAGCAGCGGCGCGGUGCAGUAUCCGGUGUGCAAACAGAGCGGCUUCCUGCUGCGGGAUGAGGAUGCAGCAUCAGACGGAGCAGACGGCGGCUCCAGUCCAAAGCAACACUAUGCAGAAGAGGAGCAGAAAGCACAGAUCUCCGCAGAUGUUUUGGAGAAGGACGUCAGUGCAGCAGACGACAGCAGGACAUUGAUGCCGCCGCCAACAGCUCCAAUCAGAAAGAGACCGAGAGAAGAGACCUGCAACAAACCCCUAACACACACAGCUGAAGAACUGAUGAUGAAGAAGAUGAAGAUUCCAGAAGAUUCCAGCAGCUCCUCUGGACUCGUACCGUACGGAGGAGAUUCAUCAGAUGAGGAGGAGGAGCGCAUGCGCAGCGGGAAUAAGAGCUAAGGACCUAACGCACGCCUGCGCAGCAUCACAGACUUUUUAUUUUAUUAAGUUUUAUUUUACACAGGACUGAUGUGCAACUGUUCCUAUGGAAUAAAAGACAUAAACACCA